GCCGUCAAGCGCACACUUAUUGUAAGCAGGCGGAAUCACUUACAUCACGCACAAGUACCUAGUCUUCAGAGGCCGCACGCGAGAAUGAAGGAGCUCAAGCCGCCGCCUGAGAUGGUGGAAGCGAUUCAGCAGAGCGAGGACAUGACGGCCCCGCCCGAGUUCGCCGACCGCAGUGAUGUUGUCGGACAUGAGCCGCACCAUGCGCACCACGAGGCCGCACAGGGGGAGACCUACCGCAUGACUAAACAGGAGCUCAAGGACAAGAAGGAGGAGAUCAAAAUGAUGCAGUACGACAAGGAGCGGCACAACCGCUACGACCGUAACCACCCCGGCGGCGGCCCCGCGGGCCAGGGCGACGCCGCCACCACACACAGCAUGAUGGCCUCACGCGGUGAGCCCGGCGGCCACGUGCGCUACGGCCACGACUGAGAGGUGGUGGCGCUGCUACUGGAUGCUCCUGGGCCCGGGUUGCCUAGUGCUUACGGUGGCAGGCGUCCAGUAGCUAGCUAGCUGCAAACUAGUCCAUACAAAUGCGUGCGGGAAGUUGCACAAUGUUAGGGGGCAUGUCGGGGUCCCGCGGCUCCCGUCGUCCCGGUGGAGAGUUGGCUGAUGGAGUACGAUAGUUGGGGAAAUUGCGACAAGGCGGUGCGCUGUGAGGGACUGCCCGUGCAGCCUGGGUGAGAAUGGGCUGAAAUGGGCGGGCCCCACGUUUCCUUCUCCAGCAUGCUGCCAGGUAGAAUCUGUUGGCGUGUACAUGUAACAUGGGAAUGCA